GCCGUACGAUGUCGUGACAAGUGUCAAUGGCGGUUGUUUGCACCCACACGCGAGGAGUGAUCGCGUCAUUUGUUAAAAAAUUACAUAAACCAGGUUUUUUGAAUUAUUCUCGUACAUUUUCUACAAUGUCUGAGCCGCUUGAUCAAAUUCAUGAUGUUGAUAUCGACGCCAAUGGAGUCUUUAAAUAUAUUUUAGUUCACGUGCAUGAUGACAACAACAAACAGACUAAGCCGAUUGUCCGGGGAUAUGCAAAAUGUAAAUGGCAUGCUGAUAUCUAUGAUGAAAUUGGAAAUGAGCUGAAGAAAUAUGGACCAGGUAUUGAUACUGAAUGCCUUGGAGGUGGAAGAAUUGAUCAUAAUGCAGAGAAAAAAACCAUUAAGGUCUAUGGGUACUCUCAAGGAUUCGGCAAAGCUGAUCAUAAAGUUUCCGUGGGUCUACUAGAGAAGAAGUAUCCAGAUUAUAGCAUUACAUGGUCUGAUGAAGGAUAUUAGAAGAAUAAUUAAUAUCUUUGUGAUAAUAUUGUUGCCAAAACCACCUUCACAACCAAUAGUUCUUUGUCCAUGUGCGCCACCUCGAAAAUUACCUCCAGGUGAUUGUCCAUGUCCUCCGGAAAUCCAGAGUCGAAUUCCUCUUGUCAGACGAGAAUUAUUGUGUAGUUUUCGAAAUAAAUAAUUACUAUUCAAUAAAAAGAAUCAAAUAAA